CUGAAGUAUAUUAUAGUAGUCGUGUCAGUCAACUCUUGUACCAAAAAAGACGAAUAGAAGCCGCACAGGUUUCUUCCACACCUCAUCUCUAUGCAUAGUUAAGCCUCAUGUCCAACAACGGCAGCGCGUCCGCGGCAGACCAAACGGCCUGCUGCAGCUCCGGCACCACCAUCGGGCUCAUCGGCGUCUUCCUCUUCUUGAUCGUCGUUUACGUCGUCAUCCACUACACCCGCUGCCUGGAAUUGGAACCCGACGGCCGCUGGCAUGACCGGCAGAAGCCCGGGCUCGAUCCCUCCGCCAUCGCCGCCCUCCCCUCGUUCGCCUACCGAAGAGGCGCCGACGGGAGGAGCGGUUCCGAGGAGUGCUGCGUCUGCCUAAGUGUGGUGGAGGAGGGGGAGGUGGUGAGGGUGCUGCCGAGCUGCGACCACAGGUUCCAUGCGGCGUGCGUCGACUUGUGGCUGCAGGUUCACCGGACGUGCCCGUUGUGCCGGGCCGACGCAGCGCCAGGGAGGGCGGUCGAAGGGAUGAAAACAGCUGAUGUAGCUGGUGCACCGCCAUCUCUGGCGCCACCGUCGGAGCUUCAUACUGUUGUGUUGGUGAUGGAUGCAGGAGAGUCAUCGGCCUCUCAACCCAUGAGGUAGGAAAGAAGCUUACGUGCAAGGAGAUGGAGUUAACAC